AUGGAGUUUGUGUCAAAAUUCGCAUCUUGCCUGUCCAAGUGGCAGCUAAACGUCGAUCCGGGGCUGCAGACUCUGGGCGCGUUGGCCCUGCUGACCACCGGUGGCCUGUUCAUCACCUGCAGGGCUCUGACCUUUGUCAGGGUCCUGCUUAGUUUGUUUGUCCUUCCUGGAAAGCCGCUCCGUUCGUUCGGCCCCAAGGGCAGCUGGGCGGUGGUUACAGGUGCUUCCGAUGGCUUGGGCAAGGAAUUCGCCCUUCAGCUCGCUCGUUCCGGCUUCAACAUCCUCCUCGUUUCCCGAACUGCAUCGAAAUUGACCGCUUUGGGCGAUGAGAUCUCCUCGAAGAACCCCGGCGUGGAGACCAAGAUUUUGGCAAUGGACUUUGCCAGCAACCAGGACUCGGACUAUGCUAAGCUCAAGGAACUGGUUGAUGGACUCGAUGUGGCUGUGUUGGUCAACAAUGUCGGAAAGAGCCACAGCAUCCCUACUCCGUUCGCCCUGACACCCGAAGAGGAGAUGAAUGAUAUCAUCACCAUCAACUGCACCGGUACUCUGCGUGCUACUCAGGUCGUUGUCCCUGGUAUGAUCCAGCGCAAGCGUGGUCUCGUCCUGACCAUGGGAUCCUUCGGUGGUCUCCUCCCCACUCCCCUCCUGGCAACCUACUCCGGCAGCAAGGCUUUCCUGCAGCAGUGGUCUACUUCUCUCGGUUCGGAACUGGAACAGCAUGGCAUCACUGUCGAGCUCGUCCAGGCCUACCUCAUCACAUCCGCCAUGUCUAAGAUCCGUCGCACCAGUGCUACUAUCCCUGAUCCCCGCGCGUUCGUCAAGUCGGUCCUCGGCAAGAUUGGCCGCAACGGUGGUUCUCCUUCGUAUGCCUACAGCUCCUCCCCUUACUGGAGCCAUGGCUUGAUGGCCUACUUCCUUACCUGCAUCACCGGAACCAUGAACAAGUUCGUCCUUGGCCAGAACCGUGGCAUGCACGAGUCUAUCCGCAAGCGUGCCUUGCGCAAGGCUGAGCGGGAGAGUGGAAAGAAGAGCACCUAA